AUGGCAUCUGGAAAAAAGACGAGAAAAGAAUAUCCACCGAGAUUGUAUCCGGUCCUGAAAUCUCCUGAGAAAAACCGAAGUAUGCAUCAUAAUUGUGUCUUCAGUGGUUUUGGAGAGCUCAACUCCGCCGUUGGGGACACCAUUUACAACGACGUGAUGAAUAAUUCGCAAGUGGGAGUGAUUCUGAAGCUUGCAUCAUUGAGCUACGUAUGGUGUGCGAAGACAUGCCAUAACCUUCUAAGAAAUCAGUUGGCAAUUGAGCGCAAUUAUGAGAUAUGGUCUUUAAUUGGGGGCCGACCCAUAAGGUUUAGCCUCCAUGAGUUUCGUGAUAUUACGAGGCUAAACUGUGACCCGUUUGAAGAUGAAGGAGAAUUGAAAGUUAACCACACUGAGUUUUGGGAAUUAGCGGGCAUCAAAUCAGGGGAAGGUCCUAGCUGGGAUGAGUUGGUCAAGGCGUUUGAAACAUGCAGUAUGUGGAAUUAUCAGCAGAAGAGGAAGCUUGCUUUGUUGUUUGUGCUGCACGUUGGAGUAUAUGGCCUUGCUCGAACAUGUAGAAUACCUUUUGUGGCUGCAAAAAGAGUUUUGGAUGAAGAGGCGUUUGAGAGGUAUCCAUGGGGUAGAGUUGCAUUUCAGAAGCUAGUGCAAUCGAUAAAAAUAGCAAAAUUUGACGUGCCUUCCUACACAAUCCCUGGAUUUGUGCAUCCGCUUCUGAUAUGGGGAUAUGAAUCUGUUGAAAUUAUCGGAGAAAGAUUUGGGAGGAGACGUGAUGGUCCAAUCCCUCUACUACGGUGGCAAUCAUCUCGUACAAGGUACAAUUUGGAGGCCCUUAUGGAGGAGGAUAAACAGAAUAGCGUCGACAAGAAGGCUCGCGUUAGACACUUAGUUGAUGUGCCUCCUGCUGAGAUAUAUCCACAAUGGGCUGGUGAAAAUCCUGAUUGCGACAAGAAGCUUGAUAAUAUGAUUCGCGAUAUCCUUGACGGCUGUUUGGAUGAAUCGUUUUGGGAAACUGAGGCUGCUGCGAAGAAGAAGAGGAAGAGCAAAGCGGGUGAAAGCGAGGACGGUCCCAGAAAAAAGGGAAAGAGCAAAGCCGAUGAAAGCGACGACGAUUUUGUUGACAAGCCUGGACGAAAGUCGUCGAAGAAACCUCUCGGGCACGAGGAAGAGCUGAGAACAAAGAGAAAGGAAGAGCAAAGAACAAAGAAGACAUCUGAUGCGGCGAGCAAGAAGGAUAGUACGACGACUGAAGAGCCAAGAGAGAAGGCAACACGAAGGAAGGAAAAAAGCAACGAUGCAACGAAAUGUUCCAUGUCUACUGAUGUUGAUGAUUCGAGUUUGCAAGAGGAAGUUGACAGAAAGACAGCAUCAAAGAGACGGGAAGAUGAAGCAAAGGUGUCUAGACAAGGUGGUCCAACAGAGCCGUUGACAGAUGUAAACUCCAAUGCCGGGGGUGGUGUUCAAGGCAAACCCGGAGAAGACGUGAGUCCGGAUCCGUCUUGGUUACUUCAAGACGAGGCAACAUCUCAGGCAGGGGUUACGCACGGAAAGAAGAAGGAGAAGGAGAAGCCGAACGGAAAGACUGAAUUCGUGAUCCCACAGCUCAGGGAUGAAUUUGAUUCUGACGACCCAGAAGUCGACCCUCUAGAUAAAUUUCUCCAUUUUAUCAAUAGAGAUGACUUCUAUGGGAACAAUGGCGGUGAAGUCGAUGUGAACCUUCCACGCAACAUGUCUUUGGCACCCAAUCAAAAGGACCCUUACAUUGGAAGCUCAGCGGUUCGGCGGAUUAUCCUUAGUGUGAAACCUUCUUCUGCUGUGUAUGAUCCUUUUCAGAAGGUUGAUGGCGCAAAAUUGGAUGCGUUAGUGGAGUUCGUUCGGACAGACAUAGACAAUCCACUGGACGACAGCCUUAGGUUGGUACAGUUCUACGUUCAACUGAAGACGCCUAAACAACUAUGGCCGAAGAAUAAUCAAAAAUUUGGGUGGCUGCGUGAUCCGAACGACUUCGACGGCAGGCACAAGUCUUACAUAUUUCGUGAAGGCUUCAAAAGUACCUUUAGAGGUAUAUGGGGUGCGGAUGUGGAUAUAUUGUACAUUGUCCACAACAUCGAAGACAAUCAUUGGAUUGCGGUCGAAGUUGAUCUAGAGAAGAAAAGGGUAAAGGCCUAUGAUUGCAUUAACAGCUUGUACCCAGAAAGUAGAAUCAGAGAGGAAUGCAAACCGUACAUGAGGAUGAUUCCUAUGUUGUUCAAACACAUGGCACCACCGGAGAAGAGGAAGAAAAUGACUGAGGCGGCGUACACCUUCUACAGGGUAACUACUUUCCCUCAAAAUAAACAACAAGGCGACUGUGGAGUGUACACGUUGAAAUAUAUCGAGUGUCUGGCUCUUGGAUGGAACGUACACGAGCUAAGCGAUGUCAAUGUUGGUGCCAUGCGGGUUAAAUAUGCGGCGGAGGUAUUGAACGAGUUGCCGCCUGAGGAGUGCAUGCAGUUAUCGUGCCCGCUACCUAGGGGAACUAACGGUGGUGACAAAUUUCCACUCCAGACUUACUCUUUGCAGUAA